AUGCCAUAUGUGAAAGUAUGGACUCAUACAGGAGGUCAAAAAACUCAAUAUACAAAUGGAGACCGUUCAAACUUUUGGCUUGGCAUUCCAUUUGCUGACUCAGAAGACUUUAUGGGUGGUAUUUCAACUGUUGGUACUGUACAAAUACAAUAUACUGGUGACAGAGACGGUCCAGAUGAACUGAGAGCAAAGAAGUUUACAAAACCAAUAGCACUUUUCACGGAAGAUGCUCUUUUGAAGAUUCGUUCGAUGAAACCUGCUGGAGCUCCUCAGAUUGGCAUAACGACAGCUUCCAUCGAGCAGAUUUUGGCAGCAGGUCAGUAA